CGUGGUGGAAACAAUGGUGGAACACUGAGAUUUGUAAGGAAAGCCAACGUUACACCAUACCCUAGUACAUUCGAUUUAGUUUUAAAUAGUGCCUCUAUUGCGCCCAAUCAUGGCCAAUAAUAAUAUAAUCUUUACACCCUUUUUACCACUGAAGAAGAAACCCGAUCGAGAUUCUGAGUGGAGAAAAUUAAAGGACAAAUCCAGAAAUCGGAUUAAUAUCGGAGAAGCUUUUACCAGAUGGAGGAACCUCAAGGAGGAUAAAUCUAUGCCUACAGAUGCCGAAGUGGCUUUGUUUUUGCUUGACAGGUUAGCUGCCCCCCCUCCACAACCUGCUGCCCCCCCUCCCUCCCCAGAAGAUAUAAUCGUGAACAUCGACUGCCUGCUGCAGCUGUUUCAGCGGUGUGAGCAGUGCAGGCGUGAGAGUGUGAUCCAGACGCAGGGAGACAGGACAUGCCUCUCUGUGACCCAACACUGCCAGAGCUGCAACCACCGCAGGACAUGGGCAAGCAACGCAUCUACUGUCCAGACAAUGCUCAAAGGAAAUGGGGACCAGCCACAGAAUAUUCAGUAGGUUGACAUGCAGGUGGCCCUGCCACCUGAGGACACAGAUGGAGCCUUGCUGUCUGAGAACCGAGAUGGGGACUUGCCAUCGGAGGACAGAGAUGAGAAUCUGGAUCUGACUGGCUCUUUGGAGAUGAGGGUGACUGUAGACCAGCCACCAAGACCAGGAGGAAGUGGCAUGUCCCUGGUGAGGGGGAAAAAUGAGGGGAACAAAGGAACAGAGGAGAGAAAGAAAGUAACUAAGGUGGUGUUGGACAGUGAGAUGGACUGUGCACGAAGCCAGGAGGACAAUGGCCUGUCCUCACAGGAGAAUGAGGAAGGAGAGGAGAGAAAGGGAAAGUUCCUAGGUGGUGAACAACAGGAGAAUGAGGAAGGAGAGGAGAGAAAGGGACAGUUCCUAGGUGGUGAACAACAGGAGAAUGGUGCUGAGCAGCGGGCCUCUAUUGAGGUGACAAUAUACUCUAUAGAGCCUGAGGACUCUGAAAGCCCAACCUCUCAGAUAGACAGAGGAGAGAAGACUGAGGUCGCUGCAGAUGGGUGUGAGGGGGAGGGUGAUGUGUGUGAGAUGGAGGGUGAAGAGACAGAUGAGGAAGAUAGACGGACAGAGAGUGACUCUGAAUUUGACCCAGAAGCUGAGGAAGAGGGACUGCGAGAGAGUGACUCUGAAUUUGACCCAGAAGAGGAGAAACCAACAAGUAGGAGAGGAAGAGGCAGGGGAAGGGGUAGGGGGAAAGGGAGAAGCAGAGGAAGGCAAUUGCAGCAGCCUACAGGAGGGACUGGUUUGGAUGAGUCUGCUGAAGACUCUGAUGGAUCACCUUCAUCAUCACCCCAGAGAGACCAGCAGGACCAGGAGUCGUUCAGCGGUGCUGCUGGAGAACUGGGCUCCGGGGACCUUGUCAGCAUCCGGCAGAAAUUCAAAUACUCUAAAAAACACCACAUGGUCCUCUGUCCUGAAUGUGGCGUCCUGUACACCACCAGGCUGAAACACCAUAAGUGUGAACACAAGUUCAUGGUCCGCUGUCCAGACUGUGGGCAGGGUUGUGCGAGUGAACUGCGCCUCAAGCAACACCGGAGGCUACACCGUCAGGACCUUAAGUUUCCCUGUAAGUUCUGCCUCCAAUCCUUCAGGACGCGGCCGGACAAGCUGACCCACGAGAAGACCCACAGAUUCAAAAGAUUAAAAGGUCACAGAUGCUACAGCUGCUCAGAGUGCCCACUGAGCUUUGACAACAUCCUCAUACGGAAUCGCCAUCUCAGAGAGCACGAGUCCAAGAGACACAUCUGUCACACAUGUUACAAGGAAUUCAACAAGGGUCACCUCCUGGAGAGGCACGCACUGUCCCACAGUGACGACAAGCCCUUCAAGUGCCAGGUGUGCCAGCGUGCCUUUGCCCAGCUCAGCCAGCUGAAGUCCCACCUGCGCGUCCACACUGGGGAGAGGCCCUUCCAAUGCCAGCACUGCGACAAGAGCUUCAACCACAACGUCAGCCUCAAGAACCACAUCAGACGCUACCACAGUCCAGACUCAGGGCUGGACCCUGAUGGAGGCACAGAAGUUGGGGGACAGGGGGGGAGGAGGGAAACAGAUGGCAGGACUGGGCAGGAGGGAGGGGAGGUGAAAUCGAGGAAGCCUCGGCAGCAGGUAGAGCUUACCUUUAUGACUGAGUGGGAGAUGUGGGCAGGAGGAGAGGGAGCAAAGAGAGUGGAGGAGAAACCGAGGAAGAGGAAACGCCAGUGCAAUGAUGAUCCUGUAUUCAUUAGUGCACACUGUAGCAAAACAUUUUUGUAACCGAAAAUGAAAACAAGUGUUUGUUAUUGGACAAGUUCAGGUACUGCCUCUCCAUUUUGGCCCGUUUGCUUCUGAUUUAUUCCUAGUGAAUGACGUUUUUUUUAUUGAACCUUUAUUUAACUAGGCAAGUCAGUUAAGAACAAAUUAUUAUUUACAAUGACGGCCUACCCCAGCCAAACUCUAACGACACUGUGGGACUCCCAAUCAUGGCCGGUUGUGAUACAGCCUGGAAUCGAACCAGGGUCUGUAGUGAUGCCUUUAGCACUGAGAUGCAGUGCCUUAGACCGUUGCUUCACUCGGGAGUCCCAAGACUAAGAGCAGGAAACAUCUCCUGGCACUAGAAUUUGUUAUCCUCAUGUUCUGUCUUUGAACUUAGAACUUUUUGGGAUUCCCAGAACCUGAUUGAAGAAUCUAAAAUAUAUUUAGAUUUGUUAAACUCUAUUUUGGUUACUGCAUGAUUCCAUAUGUGUUAUUUAAUAGUUCUAUUCUACAAUGUAGAAAAUAGUGCAAAUAAAGAAAAACCCUUGAAUUAGUAGUUGUGUCCCAACUUUUGAAUGGUAGUGUACAGUAUCAGUCAGAAGUUUGGACACACCUACACAGUUAUGGUUCAACACAUUGCACAUUAAAUGUGUAACGUUGCCCUAAACUGCCGUUUCUGUACUCUAUAUGGUGUCAUGAUCACCACUGAUCACACCUAGUUUGUGUGAUGUUUCAUAUACGCUAAUGGCAGGUAAUGCACCAGGAUCUAGUUUUGAAUGCACCAGUAUCAGAUUUUUCAACCCAGGUACCUAGCAACAUAUGGGCCUCGGAAAUACUGCACCCCAGCUUAACACUUUGAUCAUUAUUAAAUAUCAUAUUCCAUUAAUGUAAAGCUAAAAAUAUAAGAGAAGUCUCAGUCGGAGUUAGAUAACCAUGGAAGAAUGAAUAAGCAAAGUCGGGUAAAGUAUAAGAAGAUCACCAUUUAACACAUUCACAGUGUCUUUUCCGGGCCUUGGCAGUCAGAUUACUGGGGAAAUGUGACGAGCAGUGCUACAUACAGUGGGGCAAAAAAAUAUUUAGUCAGCCACCAAUUGUGCAAGUUCUCCCACUUAAAAAGAUGAGAGGCCUGUAAUUUUCAUCAUAGGUACACUUCAACUAUGACAGACAA